AUGACGAUCGCCGAGGAAUUUGCUACGAGAAAUUUCAGUAUCUACGGUCAAUGGACCGGAGUGAUAUGUAUAUUCCUGUGCUUUGCCCUGGGCAUCUCGCAUCUCUUCCACGUCAGCAUCAUGAUUCUCUUCGGAGCCCUCUGCCUCGCAAGUUCCUUCCUCAUCAUCUUCAUCGAGAUCCCCCUCCUCCUCCGCAUUUGCCCCACGUCCGCCAAAUUCGACACCUUCAUGCGCCGCUUCACCACGAACUACAUGCGCGCCGGCAUCUACCUCGCCAUGGGCCUCGUGCAAUGGCUGAGCAUAAUACAUGAGGCUAGCAGUCUGAUUGCCGCUGCCAUCAUGCUGACGCUGGCUGCGUCAUUCUAUGCGCUGGCUGGUGUUAAGGGUCAAGGCUUUGUUGGUAGCAAGACGCUUGGUGGCCAGGGUGUUGCUCAGAUGAUUAUUUAG